AACCAAUUUUGACCUCCUCAGGUGAUGUCCCUACCUGCCGGCACCCCACACCCCCUGCCUUGAGAGCAGCCGGCAGACGCGGUGUGUUAUCGCCCCCUGGUGGUGGGAAAUGGUAUCCCACUGUGGCUUGCUUGCUUUUUUUUUUUUUUUUUUUUUAAACCAGCUCCAGUAUAAUUGACCUAUAACUACACAUAUUUAAACUGUGCCUUUAGGGGCACCUGGGUGGCUCAGUCGGUUAAGCAUCGACUUCAGCUCAGGUCAUGAUCUCACAGCUUGUGGGUUCCAGCCCCCACGUCAGGCUCUGGGCUGACAGCUCAGGGCCGGGAGCCUACUUGGGAUUCUCUCUCCCUCUCUGUCUGCUCUCCCCUACUCGUGCUUCCCCCUCUUAGAAUAAAUAAAUAAACAUUAAAAAAAAAUAAAACCUUUGCCUAAUCCGAGGCCAAAGAAGCUACUCUUUAUUUUUGCCCACACCUCUGGGACUGCACAUUUGGGUACAUGUGGGUUUUCACAUUUUCACACCCAGAGGAAACGGACGUAUCCCUCUUAGACCCAGUGAAACUCUUUGGUAACAGUGUCUGGGCUGCACCCAGGUGUACAUGUGCACGUUUUGUUUGGUUGUUUUCUCAGUCCAGCACUUGGGACCCCCCAACACAUUUGUGAUCAAUGAGGUUCUCGCCGCUGGGACAUCGGGCUUGGGCGUUGUAAAACCCAGCGGUGGGUGGCUCGGGGGAGGAGGCUCUUUAUCAGUGGUGGGUCCUGCUGUACCCACCACCUUCAGCUAAGAUUUAACUGAUGCACGCGGUAUGGCUUCCUUCCAACGUGCCCCUUUCCCGGGGUGCCGCACCCCUGUAGUGGGCUCUCCCACCAUGAUGUAUUAUUGUAUGUAGCUGUGCUGUGAGCCCCCACGGCAUUAGGGCUGCGAGGUGCCCGUGGGGUGCGGGGUCCCCUCGGUGAGAGGGUUGGUGCACCGUCGUCUGUCACAGCCCUCCUGGGCCUUGUCCUUCACGCUCUGCCUGUGCGGUAAUGGCUGCGGUGCGCCCCAGCCUCUGAAGUGUGAAGAGUGGACCCGCGUCCCCGGGGGCUUGUCAACAAGGAGGGGCACCAGGGCGGGUGCCCAGGGGCUGUAGGGCAAGGCUCAGCGGGUUAUGCCUCCAGGAGAGGUGUAACCCUCCUUCGCUGAGGGCACACAAGAGGCAGAGGGCUUUCAGCUGGAGCCCACAGAAGCCCCUCCCUGCCCGGUGCCCAGUGCCCAGUGCCCAGUGCCCAGUGUGGGCCCCAACAAGGUGAUUCGGGUGAACUGGCCCCGGAAUAACCCAGGCUUCCUCUCCGCAGGCUUCUGGGGAAGGAGUGCCAGCUCCUGGCUGUGCGGGCUCCUGCUCUUGGCUGCGUGUCUGGGCUUCUACAGGUGAACGGGAUGCCGCGGUCCUCGGCCCUGCUGUUGGUUACUAUGGUGAUGGGAUUGCGUUACAAUGGUCCAGAUGACCAGCAGGAGUGGGGAUGGGGCCAGAAGGGCUCUGGUCGGGCCCCACGUCCAUUUUCUCAGGAGCCAGAGGCCAAAAGGGUGAGAAUGUGUGUGUUAAAGUCUCAGCCUCGAACCCCCAUCCUGUCGGUCCUCCCGCCCAGCGAAGACUCAGUUUCACACUCUUGUUUGUCCCCCAGCAAUGUCUUCAGGCUGAUUCCCGGACGGAGGCGGAUAGGAAGAGUCUCGAAGCAGCACUGAGGGCCGUCCCCUGCAGGGCCAACGGGAAAGCCCGCCAUCGAGCCAGGAUGGCGGCCGUGUGGUCCCGCAGGGGAUGCCGCUGGAGACAACGCAGUGCAGUGAAAGGGACUGCCCCCCCGGACGCCUGCAGAGUCCCUGAAGUCCCCAGGAUGGUUUACCCCAAGGCCCAGCUCCUGCAGCCUGCGAGGGCAGACGUGCUGGUCAUGACCCCCUGGUUUGCUCCUGUCAUCUGGGACAGGGUCUUUGACUCUGCCAUUCUGGAUGCACAAUUCGAAAACACCACCGUUGGACUGACCAUUUUUGCCAUCAGAAAAUACGUGGCCUUCCUGGAGCUGUUCCUGCAGACGGCGGAGAAGCACGUCAUGGUGGGACACAAGGUCUCCUACCACGUGUUCACCGACCGGCCGGGGGAUGUGCCCCGCGCGCCCCUCGGGGAAGGGAGGCAGGGGGUGGUCCUGGAGGUCCGGAGCUACUGGCGCUGGCAGGACGUGUCCACGCACCGCAUGGAGAUGAUCCGGCGCUUCCUCCACGAGGUGGACUAUCUGGUGUGCGCGGACGUGGACAUGAGGUUCCGCGACCACGUGGGCGUGGAGAUCCUGUCCCCGCUCUUCGGCACCCUGCACCCCGGCUUCUACGGGGCGGCCCGCGAGGCCUUCACCUACGAGCGCCGGCCGCAGUCCCAGGCGCACGUCCCCAGGGACGAGGGCGACUUUUACUACGCGGGAGGCUUUUGCGGGGGGUCGGUGGCCGAGGUUCUGCGGCUCACGUCGGCGUGUCACCAGGCCACGGUGGUCGACCGGGCCCACGGCAUCGAGGCCGUGUGGCACGACGAGAGCCACCUGAACAGGUACCUGCUGGACCACAAGCCCACCAAGGUGCUGUCCCCCGAGUACCUGUGGGACGAACAACUGCUGGGCUGGCCCGCCGUCGUGAAGAAGCUGAGGUAUGUGACCGUGCCCAAGAGUCACCAGGGCAUCCGGGACUGAAGACGGGCUGGCCUAGUGUCCGUCAGGGGUGCCACCCUGACCCCAGCCGUCAGAGAAGAUGGCCUGUCGCCGCUCCCUUUCUCUGUCCGGUCGCGGGACAUCGCCGAGGCCCGGCACCGCCCGCAUCCGGCACGGG